GCCUCAUCUUCCUCUUCUCCCUCUCCCUCUCGCCGUACGUACACGCCGGACGCACGACCGCCGUUAAGCCGUAACACGCACGCGCGCGCAAUUUUGAGCUCCUCCGAUGACUACCUCGUCGUCAGGGAGCGUCGAGACGUCGGCCAAUUCCAGGCCCGGCUCCUUCUCCUUCUCGAAUGCGAAUGCGAGCUUCACGGACAUGCUGGGGAGCUCCGCCACUGCGGCCGGCGGCGGCGGUGCGUCCGGGUACAAGUCCCUGACGCCGCCUUCCCUGCCGCUCUCGCCGUCGCUGAUGUCGCCGUCGUCCUACUUCAACAUGCCCGCCGGCAUGAACCUCGCCGACUUCCUCGACUCGCCCGUGCUCCUCACCUCCAGUAUUUUCCCAUCGCCCACGACGGGAGCGUUCGGGUCGCAGCAGUUCAACUGGAGGCCGGAGGCACCGCCGGCGAGCGCCGCCGAGCAGGGCGUCAAGGAAGAGCAGAGGCAGCCGUACUCCGACUUCUCCUUCCAGACGGCGGCGCCGGCGAACAACGAGGCUGCCACGCAGACGACGACGACGACGACGACGACGGCGACGACCUUCCAGCCACCGGCCCCACAGGGCGAGGAAACGUACCGAGGUCAGCAGCAGCAGCAGCAGCCUUGGGGUUACCCUGCGGGAGGCAUGGAGGUGGGUGCCAACCCGGCGAGCUUCAGCGCGCCGGCUCCGGUCCAGGCGACCUCGUCGGAGCUGGCGCCGAGCGGCGGCGGCGCGUACAGGCAGCAGACGCACUCGCAGAGGCGGUCGUCGGACGACGGGUACAACUGGCGCAAGUACGGGCAGAAGCAGGUCAAGGGCAGCGAGAACCCGCGCAGCUACUACAAGUGCACCUUCCCCAACUGCCCCACCAAGAAGAAGGUGGAGACGUCGAUCGAGGGCCAGAUCACCGAGAUCGUCUACAAGGGCACCCACAACCACGCCAAGCCCGUCAACACGCGCCGAGGAUCCGGCGGCGGCGGUGGCGCCGCGGCGCAGGUGCUGCAGAGCGGCGGCGACGCGUCCGAGCAUUCCUUCGGAGCGAUGUCGGGCGCGCCCGUCUCGACGCCGGAGAACUCGUCGGCGUCCUUCGGGGACGACGAGGUCGGCGCGGGCUCGCCCCGGGCUGGCGCCGACGAUCUCGACGACGAUGAGCCGGAUUCCAAGAAAUGGAGGAAAGACGGCGACAGCGAGGGGAUCAACAACAUCGCCGGCAACCGCACGGUGCGGGAGCCGAGGGUGGUGGUCCAGACCAUGAGCGACAUCGACAUCCUCGACGACGGCUACCGGUGGAGGAAGUACGGGCAGAAGGUGGUCAAGGGCAACCCCAACCCGCGGAGCUACUACAAGUGCACCACGGUGGGGUGCCCCGUGCGGAAGCACGUCGAGCGCGCGUCGCACGACCUGCGCGCCGUGAUCACCACCUACGAGGGCAAGCACAACCACGACGUGCCCGCCGCCAGAGGCAGCGCCGCGCUAUACCGCCCCGCGCCACGGGCGGUGGACAGCGCCAUGAGCACCAGCCACCAGUACAUGGCUAACCAGCAGCCGUCCGCCAUGACAUACCAAGCCGGCGCCGCCGCGGCCGGGACACAGCAGUACGCCCCGAGGCCCGACGGGUUCGGCGGCCAGAACCAGGGCUCGUUCGGCUUCAAUGGCAACUUUGGUUUCUCGGCCGGGUUCGACAACCCGACAGGGUCGUACAUGAGCCAGCACCAGCAGCAGCAGAGGCAAAACGACGCGAUGCAUGCCUCGGGCGCCAAGGAGGAGCCAAGGGAGGACAUGUUCUUCCAGAACUCCCAGUUCUGACAGACCAAUGUCAGAAAUUGCAAACGAGAUGACAAGAUGAAAUUGUUACUUUGUAAUCUGUAAUCGUUCUAGAAUAGGCGUAGACACAUUCGUUUAUUUCUUUGGAGGCCCCGUAGUUGCAGAUGGCUGCAAAAAAUGGGUUACCCUUCCUUAACACACAGGGAGUAAAGAGAAGAUGUAGGCACGUAGGAUACACAGAAGAUAAGGGUAUCAGGCAGGUUUGUUCUGUCAUUGUUUCACACAGAAAUAUGUUGUAUUCAAAAUUAUUCAUAAAAGUUCUUUACAGAAACUGUGAAA